ACACCAGGCAUACCAAGAGUGGCGUUCGCUUCCGUGUUUGUGCGAUUAGCAGUCUAGACCAGCCGGUGGAUCAGGGAGGUUUGGUGUUUCAUUCAUUCGGAGGAAUUAAUACAAAAUCAGCGAACAUGUCAUAUGAAUUGAGUAAGUUGUUUAAUUUAUUUUGCUUUUUGAAACAAUAUACAAUAAAGAUGGACCUUUAAUCGCUUCCUCAGAACAAAUGAAGACGUGCUUCACUACAGAGAGAAGCAGCUAGCUAGCUAGCUAGUUUGCUACGUGUGUAUUGCACAAACCUCGCCCAAUCUGCAUUUUCAAUCACAUUUCCUGUCUUGAAAGACAUCACACCACUGUGAAGGUUCCUGUGUAUAAAUAGCCACGCAUUCGUAAUUUAGUUGAUUUUCCUCUUAUUGGAUGGAGCUUGAACGUGAACCUACUCAGUUUUGAAAUAGCCAUACGAAAAACCAAGGCAUUGUUAUGACAUGUCACAGAAUGUGGGUGGUUGUGCGUGCUUUUAGCAAGUACAUUAUACGGUCGCGCGCAUAGUUGAUAUUUUACAUUGAUCUGCUAAAGUGUAAUUAAUCAACUAAAAGCAGAGGUAGAUGUCGGCCUAUUUAGUUAUUGUCUUUGUGACAGACUGCUAUUUACAAUAUGCAUUUCAAUGGCCUGGCAUCAUUACAUGAUACUAACCCUUUACAUUAUACAAGUUAUAGUGUAAUUCAGUUUGUAUUAGUUGAAGUACAGUUCUGUAAUAAUAAUAAAUAAUAAUAUGCCAUUUAGCAGACGCUUUUAUCCAAAGCGACUUACAGUCGUGUGUGCAUACAUUUUUGUGUAUGGGUGGUCCCGGGGAUCGAACCCACUACGUUGGCGUUACAAGCGCCGUGCUCUACCAGCUGAGCUACAGAGGACCACGUAAUCGUUGUGUGGGUUAUUUACCUACCAAAUAGGCCAAUGCCUAGACUAACCUAGACCAUGCCUAUAACCAGAUAACAAUAAUAACACACUUUUCCGUGUCAUUCACACAGAGCAUGUAUUUGCCAGCCUCCCACAAAUGGAACGAGGUGUUGCCAAAGUCCUAGGUGGGGAUCCCAAAGGCAACAACUUCCUCUAUACCAAUGGAAAGAGCGUCAUCAUCAGGAACAUUAAUGUAAUUCCUUCAAUGAAAUCAACAUAUCACCUGACACAUUGUUCACAGCUGAUAACCUAAAACUCAUAGGCCUAUAUCUGAGUGUGUUCAUGUAGAGUAAAAUAUGUGAUUUGGGCUGCCUGGUCAGAUUUAUUAUAGGAUAUCAUCUCUUCCCCAGUCUAUAUUGCAGCUGUGUGCAUUUUAAAAGUAUUCUUGGGAUGUGUGUGUGUGUGACAACCUGUACUAAUGUUAGAGUUUUGCUUAAUCUCUGACAGAACCCUGCCAUAGCUGAUAUCUACACCGAGCACCCUCAUCAGGUUACUGUCGCCAAGUACGCGCCCAGUGGCUUCUACAUUGCUUCUGGAGGUAGCUAUGGGUUAUCAUGUCUUAUCAUGCUUCAGAUGCCAAGAAACGUGAAAGCUUUUCAAAUUCACUCGCUUCUCUUCUGUCAAUGGAUUUGUCGUCUACAUUGUGAAUGGUGAAAAGACCAGACAUAGACAUUUGCAUCUACCUAGAGUCCUCUCAUGCGUGUAUAUUCUGUGGAGAAUAUGUAAUUUGCAUAGAGCCAAAUGGGCAGAGAUCAUUUUCAUGGUAGUGAUACCAAAUCUGCAACGUUCAAAUGUAAUGUUUCCUACAGAUGUGUCUGGUAAGAUCCGUAUCUGGGACACUACCCAGAAGGAACACCUGCUGAAGUAUGAGUACCAGCCUUUCGGGGGGAAAAUCAAGGACAUCGCAUGGACUGAGGACAGCAAAAGGAUUGCUUGUGUAGGAGAGGGACGUGAGAAGUGAGUCUAUAGGGCCUAGUGCAGACCACAAGCAGGACAGGGAAAUGGAGCCUGCACACUUACCUUCCAAAUAAGCUCUCAGGUUUUGCUAACAGUGCAGUACAACAAUGGUUGUAUGUCAUUGACGAUUGUAUAAGCUUUAGGUCAGCGGUCAUCAACACGUCACCUGGAGAAUUACAGGGUGUGCAGGCUUUUUUCUAGAAACAUGAUUAACUGAAUCAGGUUUGUGUUCAGUAGGCAUAAGACAAAAUGUUUUGAAACAGAAAAACAAAAAUAAGCAUUAUUGUGUAAAUUCAGGCGAUAAUCUAUCUGUAUUAUUUUUUCCUUUCAUGUCCGCUGAACACAACCCAGCAUGUUGGUGCUUGGCUGGAACAAACGCUUACCUCUCUUGAAACAGUAGUGGCCAACCCUGUUCUUAAAGUGAACAUCCCAGUAUCUGACAUAAAUUCAGUAUGCCAGUAUGUGACAUCAUGUCUAAGACCUUUUUUAAAUGAGAUAUUUGCAAAAGUAUUUUUCUUAUUGGAUAAGGGGAAUUUCGCGUUUAACCAAGCACUUGUGAAUGACCAGUCGAUAUUUGGUUCUGGCUGUAUAGAUUUAGUAAAUGUUUUGUCAUGUCCUGUCCCACUUUUGUAAAUGUUUGUUCUUCCUCCCAGGUUUGGGGCUGUGUUCCUGUGGGACACUGGCUCCUCUGUGGGAGAGCUCUCGGGCCACUCCAAAGUCAUCAACAGCGUGGACAUCAAGCAGACUCGCCCCUACCGCCUGGUCUCUGGCAGCGAUGACAACUGUGGGGCCUUCUUUGAGGGACCCCCUUUCAAGUUCAAGUUCUCAAUCACAGUGAGUGUGUGAUAUUCCUGGAAAAAAAUAAUAAUAAUAAUUGGAACUGGUUCUCAAUGUCCAUCAGGGUGUGUGGUUGGGAGGGAAUUGUCUACAGAUCUCUAACUUAUUUUCAUGAGUAUUGCCUUGUGAUACUAUAGACCGGAUUCACUUGGGGGGGAAUUCCAACUCGAGUUAAGCGGAAAUGGAACGUAAUUCCCUUUUUUAUGGACUUUUCUCUCUACUUCUGACCUUUAACUUAAGCAUGGGAAUAGCAUGGUAUUCACCUGCUAUUCAUUUGGGGGUGUAGAUCAAGUAAAUAAAGGUGUGGUAGAGGUGUGUCUACAGAUACGCUGUAUUCUGAACUUAAUUCCUAAUAAUUCCACCACCUUAACACAUGAGGAAACAAUGAAUAAGGUUUAGCGAACCUACCAGUUCCAAGUGGGUAAAGCAUCCCAUCUACUUAAUUUCCCCUGACAUAAAUAACACCAUUCUCAAUGCACUGUCAUUUACAACUUGAUAAGAACUCUUGACAAGAGCUUUUAUUCUGAAAGGGAUUACAUUUUCUUUGUCUUCAAUCUAUACACAAUACCCCAUAAUGACGAAGCAAAAACUGGUUUGUAGAAAUCUUUGCAAAUUUGCUAACAGAACUGAAAUAUCACAUUUACAUAAGAAAUCAGACCCUUUACUCAGUACUUUGUUGCAGUGCCUUUGGCAGCGAUUACAGCCUCGAGUCUUCUUGGGUAUGACGCUACAAGCUUGGAACACCUGUAUUUGGGGAGUUUCUCCCAUUCUUCUCUGCAGAUCCUCUCAGUCUGUCAGGUUGGAUGGGGAGCGUCGCUGCACAGCUAUUUUCAGGUCUCUCGAGAUGUUCAUGUCCAGGCUCUAGCUGGGCCACUCAAGGACAUUCAGAGACUUGUCCCGAAGCCACUCCUGCGUUGUCUUGGCUGUGUGCUUAGGGUCAUUGUCCUGUUGGAAGGUGAACCUUCACCCCAGUCUGAGGGCUCUGGAGCAGGUUUUCAUCAAGGAUGUCUCUGUACUUUGCUCCGUUCAUCUUUCCCUCGAUCCUGACUAGUGUCCGAGUCCCUGCCGCUGAAAAACAUCCCAACAACAUGAUGCUGCCACCACAAUGCUUCACCGUAGGGAUGGUGCCAGGUUUCCUCCAGACGUGACGUUUGGCAUUCAGGCCAAAGAGUUCAAUCUUGGUUUCAUCAGACCAGAGAAUCUUGUUUCUCAUGGUCUGAGAGUCUUUAGGUGCCUUUUGGCAAACUCCAAGCGGGCUGUCAUGAGGAUGAGGAGUGGCUUCUGUCUGGCCACUCUACCAUAAAGGCCUGCUUGGUGGAGUGCUGCAGAGAUGGUUGUCCUUCUAGAAGGUUCUCCCAUCUCCACAGAGGAACUCUGGAGCACUGUCAGUGACCACCUCCCUGACCAAGUCCCUUCUCACCCGAUUGCUCAGUUUGGCCGGGCGGCCAGCUCUAGGAAGAGUCUUGGUGUUUCCAAACUUCUUCCAUUUUAAGAAUGAUGGUGGCCACUGUGUUCUUGGGGACCUUCAAUGCCUCUACACAAUCCUGUCUCAGAGCUCUACUGACAAUUACUUCGACCUCAUGGCUUGGUUUUUGCUCUGACAUGCACUGUCAACUGUGGGACCUUAUAUAGCCUCAGGAUCUCAUGGUAUCACUGUGCAUUAAAAUUGCCAUAGAUAAAAUGCAAUUGUGUUUGUUGUCUGUAGCUUAUGCCUUCCCAUACCAUAACCCCACCGCCACCAUGGGGCACUCUGUUCUCAACGUUGACAUCAGUAAACCGCUAGCCCACAUGACACCAUACACGCUGUCUGUCAUCUGCCCGGUACAGUUGAUACCGGAAUUAAUCCGUGAAGAGCACACUUCUCCAGUGGCCAUCGAAUGUGAGCAUUUACCCAAUGAAGUCGGUUGCGACGCCAAACUGCAGUCAGGUCAAGACCCUGGUGAGGACGACGAACAUGCAGAUGAGCUUUCCCGAGGUGGUUUCUGACAGUUUGCGCAGGUGAAGAAGCUGAUGUGGAGGUCCUGGGCUGGUGUGGUUACACCUGGUCUGUGGUUGUGAGGCCGGUUGAACAUACUACCAAAUUCUCUAUAAACAACAUUUGAGGCGGCUUAUGCUAGAGAAAUUAACAUUCAGUUCUCUGGCAACAGCUCCAAUUGCAUGCGCCCUCAAACUGAGUCAUCUGUUGCAUUGUGUUGUGUGACAAAACUACACAUUUUAUAGUGGCCUGUUAUUGUCCCUAGCACAAGGUGCACCUGUGUAAUGAUCAUGCUUUUUAAUCAGCUUCUUGAUAUGCCACACCUGUCAGGUGGUUGGAUUAACUUGGCAAAUGAGAAAUGCUCACUAACAGGGAUGUAAACAAAUUUGUGCACAAUUUGAGAAGGUGUUUGUGCAUAUGGAACAUUUCUGGGAUGUUUUAUUUAUACUCAUGAAACAUGGGACUAACAUUGUACAUGUUGCGUUUAUAUUUUUGUUCAGUAUAGAUCUAUUUAACCUUAUCGCUGGAGACUGUGAAACUGAAGCAUAUCAACUUUCCCACAGUAAACUUUAUGAAAUUCCGUGCCGUUAUGCAACAUUUAAAUUGUACGGCCUUUUAACUUGCAGGGAUGAGCACUCUCGAAUGUCUUAAUUAUAGGCUACCCCAACUUUCUGUUUCCUAUUUCUCAUGUUAAAGAUUAGCCACUAUCAGUAUCGACCAUCAGUAGGACUAAUGACCACACAUAUUCAACUGCCAAUUUACUGUUAGUUCCCUUCAGUUGUUAUAGUCUACAUUAUCGUUACAUUGUUUAGUGUACCUUCAUUUGCUUCCUCUCUAAACACUGUCCCGGCUGUGUGGUUGUUGCUGAGGAUCAUUAGUAACAGUUGAUGAUAUUUUUAAAAAGACAUGUAGGCUAGCUAAAUAAAUAGUUAUGGAGCACAGACAAGCCGUAACAGUUUGAACCAUAUGCAUUGCGCAAUACUUGGCCGUGUCAUCACACAGUUUCAUGGUCAGUGCUAGCAAUAGAUGAGGGUAUACUAUUGUACACUAUUCUCCCUAUUAUAAUUCUAUGUACACUAAUCUUCCAACAUUACCAUGGGUUGAAGAACCGUGUCAAUUUUCAGAAUGACUCAAACCACCGUUUUUGUGCGUAAACGCUCUCCAACCCUGUUUAUUUUUAUUCAUAAAUACUUUCAUAAACCUAAACCACAAUAUCAGAGUAUUAUUAAAUAUACCAAUUUGGUGCUGAAGCAGAUUAAUAUGGAUUUCUAUUCAUUCAUCCCUAAUAUUCGGAACCUGUUCUCUUGAUUUUUAUAUUCUAUUGAGCAUCAACAAAAUUCUAACUGAAAGGUACACCGUAUUUAAAGGGAUGACUUAAGAUAAAUGUACUGAGAACCCUAUUGAUUGAAAUCUCCACAAUAAAAUAUGUUGGCCAGCAAGUGGGAGGGUUUUCAGCGGUUGAAUGGUAACCACACCGGCAGAGCGCGUUACGACUGAGUAAGGGAAGUCUAAAUUCCAAAUACUGACAUGUGUAGGGAAGACGUCAAUUUCCUAAGUCUGAAUCGCCCCCUUGGUGUUUGUCCUAUGGCCGGGUUAUCCCUGUCGUGAAUACUUGGAUACAUUUGUUGACCAUGGAAGGCGUCAGCAUGUAGGCGUCAAGUCUACUUUGGUUGACAUUGGUGUUUUGGUCACUAAGUUCGUGGUGCCGCGCUGGUGGAAUUAGUUUGGUAAAAAAAAAUGUGUUUCUGAUGUCUAUAAAGAGUUCAAGAACAGAAACCAAAAGCCUUCAUUUGUAGUGCACGUAUAGAGAUGUGGUCAAGGGGAAGUACUCUGGUCUUGGGCCUACGCAUUUAUAUUCUUGGCAACUUUUUUGAGUGGUUCUCAGUUUGUUCCACUCUUUGCUUUCACAUGGUAUUUUGUGUACAUUCACAUGUUACAGUCCACAUCCCCUUUAAUAUCUGGGUAUAUUUGUGAACAGCGUUUCUACAUUUCUACACUCUACUGCCUCAACUUAUUCAGUAAUAACAUUUUGGUGCAUUAUGCCUACCAAACACUACCGGUCUUGGAGAAGUCUGCUAAAAAUCUAUUUUUUUUUGCCGUAUCCUCUGCCACUGCCCUUGAGCAAGAAAGCUGUCUGUCUGGACUUGGGUUUGCAACAGGCUACCACCAAUCACUGUGUUUGGUCUUGGGCCACAUCCAUAUACAUUCAGUGCUUACACAUCCCAAUUUUACUGCCAUAGGGUAGCUUGGCUACAAAUAUGUUGAGGGGAAACGACCCUAAUAAAAUAAAUGCUUUUUAUUUUGGGCAGCGCUAAAUGGCUGGCUUUCGCUUGGAGUGUAUUCACAAAUCAUGCAAAGCCUUGCAAUGAGCUGAACAUUAAACAAAUACACUCACUCUGUUCAUAUGUCUGUUUACCCCACACUAAUGAUUGUUUAUUUAAGCAAUGACCUCACUCUAAUAGAGAUUAAAUCACUUCUGCUGUAGAGAUGGUAGUGCUGAACAUGAUACAAUUUGCUCUGUUAGUUAGGACUCUAAUGGGCUAUCCCUUUCAGUGAUAAAAUAUAAAUGGUCUCAAACCAGGCAAGAUCAUGUGUUAUCAGUUUGUCAGAAUGUUGCAGUCUGUUUUUUUUUAAAUGUUUCUCAAACUGGUCCUAACUGUUCCAUAGUCAUAUUUGUUCAAGCACAGUAAUACACCUGAUUCAACUAACCAGCGUACACUCCUAGAUGGAGGCAUCUUAAGAGCGUUGCGUUUAGUUCUUUGGCAGUGCACAGGCUAAGCUUUUGAUAUUCACGAUGCUGAAAACAUUUGUAGUUGGAAAUGUUCAUGCCAGUCUGAGCUCCUUGUAGUUCCCAUGAAGUUUCAACAGAGACAACAAGAUAAAUUAGGCUUAUGUGCUCUAGCAAAUGGGUGUUAUUGCAGGUUGAAAAGGGAGCCUUAUGAAACAUAGAAGAAUUCCUCUGAAGAAUUUCCCCUAAGGGUCUCCAGAAUUAGGUUGUCCCUUUGUGUGUGUGUGUGUAUUCUGGACCAAUGAGUAAGCCUGCUAACUCUCCAAAAUUGCUUGAAAUAACGUAAUAUUUUCAAGAAAUAGACUAAACGUAACAAGGUAUAAUUGACCUGGCAACAACAACCAAUAUACAAAUGUAACCCUCUUAAAUCAACCAGAAAAUCCAGAGUUAUAUUUGGCUGUUUAUCAAAGUUGGCGAUCUUACUUUAUAAUCCUGCUUUUUUGGAAUGGCUCGAAGAAUUCUCUAACAAUCUCUCCCACUCUACCCCCAUCGUAGGACCACAGCCGGUUUGUCAACUGCGUGCGUUUCUCUCCAGACGGGAACCGCUUUUGUACGGCUGGCGCUGAUGGUCAGGUGAGUCCGGCAGCUGCCAGAGCUGCUACAUGGUCAGGGACCCAGCAUCACUAAGGUUGUUUCAGAACCCACGACUGAUGCUAGAACAUUGACAGCCUAUUUGAAUUGUUAUAGAAACAGUUUUUGUUUUAGUCAAAUGUACACUCAACACUAUGUAUUUGGUCAGUGACGCUAACAUUUUAAAUGUGGCUCUAUACUCCAGCAUUUUGGAUUUGAGAUAGAAUGUUACAUAUUAGGCAAUAGUACAGAAUGUCACCUUUCUAUUUGAGGGUAUUUUCAUACAUAUCUGUUUUUAGAUAUGAAAGCACUUUAUUUGAAGAAUUCACUUACUGUAUUAAAGUAGGGAAGUUAAGCAUCUGGUCCCAUAUUCCUUACAUGCAAUGACUAUAUCACGCCUGUGACUCCACAAACUAGUUUGAUGCAUUUUCCGUUUUUUGGAUUAUGUUUUGCCCAAUAGGAACUGAAUAAUGUAUUGUCAUUUUGGAGUAAUAUUUUAUUGUAAAUAAGAUGUUUUUGAACACUUCUACAUUCAUGUGGAUGCUACCAUGAUUCUGAAUAAUAAUGAAUGAAUCGUGAAUGAGUGGGAAAGUUAGAGGCACAAAGAUCAUACCCUCCCCCCAAAAAUGCUAACCUCCCCUGUUAUUGGUAAUGUUGAGAGGUAAGCAUGUUUUGUUGUAGCCUCUAACUUUCUCACUCAUCAUUAUUCAUGAUUCUUUCAUGAUUUUUCUUAAUCAUGGCAUUAUCAGCAUAAUAAUUUAGAAGUGUUCAGAAACAUCUUAUCGACUCAAUUAGAAAGCAAAUUACUCCAGUCACCAUUCAGUUACUAUUGGGAAAAACAUAACCCAAAACAAACUGCAAAUGCAUCCGAGUUUGUAGAGUCAAAAGCUUGCUUUACUCAUUGCGUGCAAGGAAUUUGGGACCAAAUACAAAAUGUUUGAUUACUUUAUACACAAGUGAAUUUGUCCAAAUACAUGACUUCUUCAAAUGGGGGGACUAGAUGCAUAAAGUGCUCUCAUUUCUAAAUGCUAAAACAGAUAUGUAUGUAAAUAUCCUCAAAUAAAAGGUGACAUUCUGUACUGUCGCGUCAUGAAACAUUUGAUCUCAAAUCCAAAAUGCUGAAGUAUAGAGCCAAAAAAAUAAAUAAUGUAGCUUCACUGUCCAAAUACAUGCUGUGGAGUGGAAUAAGAGUACAGUAGAAAACAGCAGUGAAUUAGCACAUUUCGUCAGAUACAUUUCAGUGAAACCACAAUAAUUGCUGACUGUAGGGCAGUAGCAGGCACAUGUUUCUUCCUGAUGGUGAAAGGAAGCAAUUUUACCCUACAGUGCUGGUUCUUACUUGACCCUGUUUUCCUAGAUCUUCCUGUACGACGGAAAGACGGGCGAGAAGAUUGGCGCUCUGGGCGGAGCCAAGGCCCACGAGGGAGGAGUCUAUGCCGUAAGUAUCUCAAAAGCUUCUGUAGCGUUAUUAUUUUCCACGUCAACGUUCAACUCCGCCUUGUGGUUUGAAACAUGUAGUCAUUGAGUUUAUACUUUAGCCUGCAUAACUUGUCAGGCUCUACUGAUGAGGAGUGAACACCCAGUCCAGAUUAAAGUGGCCAUGUAGUCUUUCAGAGGGACUUGAAUGUAAACAAGCAAAAUGGAUGCUUUCCUUUUUAAAUUAGGAGUGCAAUGUAUUCCUGUGAAAAGAAGCAUUAACUAAAAGCAGGUUUACCUAGCUCAGUGGAGACCUUAGCACCCUCGAGUUAACCAAUCCUGUGAAUGGGUUAGGCAACUCGGGUGUGUCUAUACUUUAACAGAAAAGUUGGAUAAGACGGAAGUUUAUGAACUAGGGCCUUGUAACAAAAAGGGAGUAAUGUAGAGAUCUACGGGUCUUUAGCGAAGUCCAGCUGACCUUUUGAUACAGGAUGCAGUGAUGAGUAUUAAAACUAUCACCUGUAACAAAACGACGGGCACUACGGUAGAUGGCAUCCAAAUAUUUAAGAGUAGUAGCAGCUGUGCUUUGAUAAAUAAUAUCACCAUAAUCAAGAACAGAUAAAGGUUGACUGAAUAAUCUGCUUCCUACUGUUUAGAAAAAGGCACAAUCUGUUUCUGUAGGAAAAAGCCAACUUUAAAAAACCAGCUCAUCUGUUUUUAAAAAACAUUUUAUCCAUAUCAAUCCAAAUGCCUAAGUAUGUAUAUUCAGGAACACGUUCGAUUGGAGAACCAUCUGAGUGAACAUGUAGUACAUCUGAAACAUUCUUAUGAGAGUUUAAAAACAUGUAUUUCGUUUUUCCCAUAUUAAGCACAAGUUUUAAAUCGGCAAGGGAUUCCUGCAUAGGUAUAAAAUCUGUAGUUUUGACACAGCCAGAUAAACAGUCGGGUCAAUAGAUGAAGUUUACAACUUUUAACAGGUUGACCAAUGGUGUUUACAUAAAUAGUGAAGAGAACAGGUCCCAAGAUCCACCCCUGUGGUAUACGUUUAUGUACGGUACUUCAAUAAAUUCAGACUUAACCCUAUCAAUCACGAUGGCCUGAGAUCUGUCACUAAGAUAAUCAGGAAACCAUGAAAAGGCGUCAGAGCUCAGGCCUAUUGAGGACAACCUUUAUUCAAUAAAAUAGCAUGAUCAACAGUAUCAAAAGCUUUUGACAGGUCCACAAACAAAGCAGCACAUUUCAUUUUAGUGUCUAAAGCAUUGACAAGCUCAUUAACUACAGUGGUUGCUGUAAUAGUGCUAUGCCCAGGCCUAAACCCUGAUUUGGUUUAGUCAAAAUACAUUUCUCAGAUGAUAAAGAGCAAAGUUGUACAUUUACCAAGGAUUCAAGAAUCUUAGCUAGACAAGGAAGCCUUGAAAAAUGGGCGAUUUUUAAUUAUUAAUUUCACUACUAUCCCCGCCCUUAUGGAGUGGCACAAGCUAAUUUCCAUACUUUUUGAAUAUUUCCUGAUAAAUGUUAAAUAAAAAAAAUGGGGUUAUUGAGCCAACAAUGAUGGGCGCUGCACACUUAAACGGACCAGGAUCCAAUUGGUCGCCCCCUGUGGAUUUCUUGUCUAUUGUUAGCAAAGCAUCCAGGACGUAUUUUUCUGUAAAUAGUCAAAGCUUUAUUUAAAUAGUCCCCUAUCAGCAUCCAGUCCAAUAUCAUUGUCAACAGGCUUAAAGUUCUUUCAAAGAGAGCCCGCUAAAAUGAAAUUGUGAUUUUAAUGCAUCAAUGAUGGCAUUAAUUUUUCUGUAAUGAGGCCAGUGUCUGAAUUAAUUUGUUUUGGCAGAGGUGGAAGUAGAACCCUUCAGGGAUUUGACAGUUUUCCAGAAUUUAGCCGGGUUCCCAUUACAAUCCGAAAGAGCGGUUACAUAUUAAUCAGAUUUAGCCUUUCUGAUUGGUCUUACACAAUGAGUCCUCAGUCCCUUAAAAGCUUGCUAGUCCGGGCCUAAGCCUGUGUUCCUGGCCUUGACCCAAGCUUCAUCUCUUGGUAAAUAAAUAAAACAUAAUUACGGAUCUUGUGUACAUCACUGACACGCAGUCACUUAACACAUUAAAUUAUAUACAUAUUUGUGGAUUAAUUUACUUCUACUCGAUACCUCCAUUUGAUUUAUGUUUAGAGGUUUGGUUUUGAGCUUGAAGUCCAUAACAAAAAAAGUGGACACCGGUAGGAAAAUUGUCAUGCUUUCCCAGCUUAUACCACAAAAGAGAAACUGUAGCUGAACAGGUUUCUGCUGAAAGCACUGCUAACUGACAGUGAUUCGACGCCUCCCAUCUUUAACCCUGCGUCCACUCCUUCCCUCUGUUCUCCUCCAGGUGAGCUGGAGCCCCGACAGCUCUCAGCUCAUCUCGGCCUCGGGCGACAAGACGGUGAAGCUGUGGGACGUGGGCACCAGCACGGCCCUCACCACCUUCAACAUGGGCGCCGACGUCAUGGACCAGCAGCUGGGCUGCCUGUGGCAGAAGGACCACCUGCUCAGCGUCUCCCUGUCUGGCUACAUCAACUACCUGGACAAGAGUAACCCCGACCGGCCACUCCGCACCAUCAAGGUCAGCCAAUAGCUUCUUUCACACUACACGAUUUUCAGAGUAGUGUAAAAGCAGCUUAAAGGAGUUGGGGAUCCAGAGUCGGGGCUGGAGGGGGUGUUAAGAUUAGGGUAUUCUUUUUAAUUCUUUACAGACACGACUGGCAGGCUUUAUCUCCUGAUAUUGACGGACUGCCCAGAAACGGUCCCUAGCAGAUUUAUUAUCAUGAUGAGCACUCUACAAACAUUAUCUGUAUUACAAAAUCGUCCUUUUAAAAAUAUUCUCAAGCCACUUGUUACUCAACACAUGCAAGUAGCUCAGUAACAGGACAGAAGAUAGCAUACAAAUGGUUCUCGGCAGUCACCAAAAUUCAAUAGUUCAUAUGACAGUUUUCUGGAGACCACUGAAAUUGCUCAUUUGAUUUUUAAAUACUGAAAUCGUGUCCAAACUGAAAGUGUCACAACUGUGAUGGUUUUGAGUCAAACUGAAUGAAUGUUGUUCACCACUAACCAUUUGACUGUGUGCUAAACAAUAAGUCUCUCUUAUGAUGUGCCUUACAGGGUCACAGCAAAUCCAUUCAGUCCUUGACGGUUCACAAAAACGGGGGACGUUCUUACAUCUACUCUGGCAGCCAUGACGGGCACAUCAAUAUCCUUUCACUGGGAGGAGGGCAUGCUGUGUCAACACUGAGGCCUAUUAACGAUGAGCGGUGCUUUCAGUGGAGUCCAUUUUCCCCUGUGUGAAUGGGACUUACAUAAUGGGGGCUGAUUGGCAUUUGGAACAUGAGGCUAAAAAAUGCCCUCUAAAGUGCUAAUGGUCAAGGCCUUGUGUAUGCAGAAUCCAACAGCAUGAUUGGCACUUAUGAAGACUCACAUAAAAUCUAAUAGCCAUUUCUGCUUAUGUUUUAGUUCCCAUAACCACUGCUAAUGUCAUUGUCUGGGGUAAUUUAACAAGAGGCCCACACCACUAAUGUUAUGGUGCUAUGGUCCCUUGUGUUAAGUUAAGCCCAUGAUAAGAUCUGCUCCGCUGCCCUCUCCUGGUGUGUCAGACAUUCCUUAACCGUGGCCUCCACAUUACUGGGACGCGGAGACUGGGGAGAACAACGACUUCUCAGGGAAGGGUCACAGCAACCUGGUCACCAAGAUGGUGGUGGACAAUACUGACCAGCUGGUGACCUGCAGCAUGGACGACACGGUCCGCUUCACCAGCGUGACCAAAAAAGAAUACAGGUGGGUCCAGAAGCGUUCAACUUAGGUUAGAAGACCAGAAGCACACUUGGCAUAGUGUGUGAUUUGGGACUUAUCCUGAUAUGAGAUAAAAACACAUUUCACCAAACUCUUGAACGGCUUCCUAUGGAAUAUUUAUGUAGAAUUCCUCAGUUCUUUCUUAUCUGUAGUUAGGGUAGCUUUGUAAUAAUAAUACUGCCUGCUUUCAAGAUGAUUUUCACUUAUUCUCAUUGGGCAAGCUCGCGCAUUUGUGAUGUCAUACAUUAUGUUCAUUCAUAAACCCGGAGCAACAUCUAUAUUUGACACAUCCUUUGAUACCACACCAUUACAUUUUAUUAAAAGGGAAAGUACACGUUAAUAGUGAUCUAUUGACAUCAGACAUUGAGUUUUCCCCAGAGGACGUAAAGGUCCAUGUUAAUGAUGACACUGUUGUUUUGGCAGUGCUUCCAACCUGGUAAAGAUGGACGUCCAACCUAAACAUGUGUCGGUAGCAGCAGGGGGGCUCGCUUUGGCUGUGUGCAUCGGACAGGUAACCAAGUCAACUCCUGAUGUGUGCCCACUCAUCUGUCAUUCAGGCGUCAUAGUUGGAGUGUAUUGUAGUCAGGGUUGGGUAUUUAGUCAUGUUAUUCAUAAAUGGGUGACACAAUUGAAUUGACUGUCAGAAUGGGGCUGUGGCUUGUGUCUGUGCUAGAUAAUGUUAAUAUUGACUGUGUGGUGGUCCUCAGGUUGUGUUUUUGAAGGACAAGAAGAAGGUGUUCACGCUGGACAGUCUGGACUAUGAGCCGGAAGCGGGAGCCAUCCACCCAGGGGGCAGCACUGCGGCAGUGGGCGGGGCAGUAAGUCUCCAUAUAGCAACUUCAUUUGAACUGGAACUAUUAUCAUCAGUGUUGGAUCCGAAGUAGUAUUGGAUCAGAAAUAAUGGAAUUUCAAGAUCUAUUGGAUGAUGUCCUGUGUCAUAUUUCGUCAAGUAGUCUUCUGUUUACACACUUGCAUCGGGCACAAUGAAUCAUUGCUAUGAAACUCUUCAGAAUGUACUUUCUUAAAACUGCAUGCUAAAGUUAUUUAGGUGUGGGUCAGAUCGAACUAUAGAUUUCUCCCCUUGUCAUUGGCAUUUCUCUCCCUCCUCCCGGCAGGAUGGAAAGGUCCACUUGUAUUCUGUCCAAGGCAACACUCUGAAGGACGAGGGGAAGAGUGUGGAGGCCAAGGGGCCAGUCACAGACAUGGCCUACUCCAAAGAUGGUGCCUACCUGGCCGUCACUGAUGAGAAGAAGGUUGUCACAGUCUUCACAGUGGCAGACAAUUACUCGGUAUGCAGCCUCUCGCAUAUCCCUCUGAAGCAAAAUGUGCAAAAAAAAGUAUAAUUAACAUGUUCUUCCAUAUUCGCUGGCCUGAAUGCUAGAAUUAUACAUGUUUACAAGAAAUAUAUUCCUAAAGCCCAAUGAACAGCAAAUGCCAUUUGGGUUAAUUAAUAUCAAUCAGCGCUAGUGUAAUGCAUACAAUCAUACCAUCAAUUUGAUUGUGAGUGGAGACUUUUUAUUUUCCAUGGUGGAUUCUGCAUCAUUUCUAUUUAUCCCCCUCCGACAGGUCAAAAAUGAUUUUUAUGGACACCACGCAAAAGUAGUCACCUUGGCCUGGUCGCCCGACAACGAACACUUUGCCAGCGGUGGGAUGGACAUGAUGGUCUACGUUUGGACAGUGAAUGACGCAGACAAGAGACUGAAGAUCCCAGGUGAGGGCCAAAAUAGUAUUCAGUGAGCAGAGGCAUACACACACAAAGUAUCUGGAGUUCCCCUGUUGGGCUAUUUAAAGCCCCUGUGUAACCGUAUCCAGAUAUUUCAAACCAGCACUAUGGAAACUGAACGUGUUGCAUGGAUAAUGUGUCACCACUCGACUGGGAAGCGGUUUUAAACUCCAUCUCCUUUCCGUAGCAACCUUUUUAGAGCUGGUAGCUAAAUCUACCUUUUUGUGUAGGUAGUUAGAUUUUUGUCUGGACAACAAAAGCUAACAUUACAGUUUUCAGUGUCUCUGUGACAAAUGACAGCAUCUAGUCUUUUAUUACCAUUGCUGCAGAAUCUUGCAGAAUUUCUCCAAAAUGUCCCUAAAAUGAAUUAUAUUCACCACCACUAGACGGCAGUAGCCUAUUCAGUCAGUCAGCAUUAUUCCUUCCUGCUCUGCAGGAAGACAUUCAAAAUGCUCAAUUUUCAGUGGAAAACACAUACUGUAUAUUCACACCCAAUUCUAAAAUGUUAGUCUUAUGACAUCUCUUGAUAACUAGUCUUUUGCCCCCUUUUGCUGUAGUGUCACAUUGAAAUGACUGUGGUGUCACUGUGAAAUAAAUGACUGUUCUCCCAUCCCUUUCCACAGAUGCCCACAGGUUGCACCAUGUCAGUGGCCUGGCCUGGAUAGAUGAGCACACUCUAGUGACCACCUCCCAUGAUGCCAGCGUCAAGCAGUGGACUCUUAAAUUCUGAUCUGCACAAGACCGGAUCAUUCGGGACAAGGACUACUGUAGACCGCUCUCUCCCUCUUACUUCCUGUAUCUAAUUGAUGGUCUCUUGUCAGCAACCCCUGAAAUUGUCAAUUGUCUAUCAUUGUAGGGAAAAGCUCAUAUUUAAAACAGUCCCAAUGCUGUUUUAUUCUUUGAUGCUUUAAAAUAGUUAACUAAUGCACGAACAAAAAAAGAGGACUCAAAUAGCAGCACUUGAUCUCUUGAGCUUUUCUGAUCAAGAAAAACAAUUUAAGCUCAACAUUCCAGAGGCAACAGCCUUAUCUCAGUUCAAACUGAAAUGCCUGUGUGUGGUUGGAGGGUCAUUUCAUCUCAACUCAGGGAAUUAAAUGAAAUUCAAUUUAUGAAUUGAAAUAAAAAGUCCUUAUUGAAAAUAAUGGAGGUAUAUUUUAGUUACAUUCCUGAAUGGUGUUGAGAAUGAAUGGCCCUCCGACUGUGCUUGCCUGUUAGUUUAUGUUUUCAGUCGAGGUUGUUACCAUUUGUAUGGGGGUGGGUAUUUAGCAGUUUUUUUUUCUCAUCUUUCUUUGACAACUAAAUUAUGUAGUCAUUCACAAUUUCUAGUUGGAACAGAUGUGGUUGGUAGAGCAAUAAUAGGAACUUUAAACAAAAAAGAAAUUAAUCAUGUAUACAAUCUAAAUGCUGUGUAUUCAAAGAGGCUCCUGUACUGUUGCCGUGUUUUUGUUUUGGCUCACGAUGCUCCCACUUUUUUCUAAGGGUGGAUAUGAUUCAUAAUAAUAUUAAUUACAAUAAAAAUACUUUUUUAUGCAUUUCUAGCAACUCAUGUCCAUUUCGUGCUACCCAUGUUUAAUGCUAACUGUGCUUGUUUUCAUCUCAUUACCAGGAGGGUAAUGGGUAACAGUUACUGGGCUAAUCAAGGGGAUAUACAUUUACAUUUUAGUCAUUUAGAAGACGCUCUU